CGUCUAGUCGAAUUUCUUGUCAAAAGUUCUGCUUUUGAAGAAUCCGCGCUGGGGACCUGCGUGAGUUUUCUAACUCGGGUGCACUCUGUAUCCCCCGUGGCAGAUUUUUCCUGGGGAUACGAUCUCCACAAUGGCCCCAACCAUUGGAUCAAAUCGUUCCCCACAGGCUGCCGGGCAGAUGCAAUCGCCAGUGGACCAUCCGAAAUUCCGUCGUCGUCCAAGACCCCGCAGCUGAUGCAGAGACCCUUGAGGUGGACCUACGUGCCAAAGAAUUGCAGAUCGCUUCUCAACACCGGGGAGGGAUGGAAAGUCAUCAUCGAAGGGCAAGACUCGUGCCUCACCGGUGGACCCCUCCAGCACUCAUACCAACUCGUACAAUUUCACUCUCAUUGGGGCAAGUGUCACAAAACCGGUUCGGAGCACACUGUUGAUGGAGAAGGUUUUGCUGCUGAAUUGCAUCUGGUUCAUUGGAACAUGGAUCUGUACAACAGCGUAGAAGAAGCGCUGGCUUCCAAAAAAGGAGUUGCAGUUAUUGGUGUGUUUUUUCAAAUUGGAAAGCAUCAUGACGAGCUAGCUAAAAUAACCGAUCUACUUUGCGAAAUAGUCAACAAAGGGGACGAGUGUCCUUUGUCAAAGAAAAUCGACCCGUCUGCAUUUUUUCCAGUGCAUGAUUAUUGGACGUACGAAGGCUCUUUGACGACGCCACCAUGCCACGAGAGUGUAACAUGGAUUCUAUUCAAGAAACCUGUAGAGGUCUCAGAAGAACAGCUGGACAAGUUCAAGAUGCUAUUUUCGUCUACGCUGAAGGCAUUUGUAAACGGGGCACCCAUCCGAAGCAGGGUUGUUGAGAAUUGCCGGCCUUCGCAACCACUGAAUGGAAGGGUCAUUCGAGAAGCUACCUGUUGAAUAUCAUCCCACGAAAUUGAGGAAUGACGAGAUUUUAGAAUACUAGACAGAAUGAUUAAAUAUGUGCUUAAAAUCCGAGCUUAGAGUGACAUGUUUAUUGACUUUAAUAAAAUCUUUAUAGGCUCGGUUCGUUAAAAUUUCUGAAAUGUAAUGAAACUGGAAAAAUCGCAAUGAUUUAGUUGAUUUUAUAG